CCUGGUGAAUAUGAUCGAUAAUCCGUUAACUCUAGGCCCAGAACUCAGCUCAAAGAUGGUCGGAAGAGCUCAGGGAUUUUAUGCGUCAGCUUCACAAGAAGAGAUUGGUCUGUUGAUGACCAUGAACUUUGCUUUCAUUCAGGGUAAGUAUUAUGGAAGCACCAUCACCGUGGUAGGGAGGAAUCCCGCUUCCAACAUGGUCAGGGAGAUGCCGGUGAUAGGUGGAAGUGGGCUUUUCCGAUAUGCUAGAGGUUAUGCUCUGGCAACAACUUACACCUUUGAUCCAAGUCCGGUGAUGCUGUUGUUGAAUAUAACGUCUAUGUAA